GUGAGUCGUAGGCGGUCCGAGGGUGGACUCGGACUGGCGACAGRGACAGUUAGCCCACGCUAAAACCCGGGUCACUAACUCUUCAUUUCAGUACAAGUUUGACAUUUUCUUGCGUCAAGCAGAAGAUAUUUCUCAGCUGUGACUCUGUGUGAGYGACUGGAGGUGUCCGGUUUCCAAAGCCGGAGGGAGUGCGAUGCCCUCUGACUUUAUUUCCCUUUUCAACGGGGGCCGCGACCUGAAUUCUCCCAGAAGCUUGUUCUCCAAAGAGUCAGUGUAUGAGCUUCUUCCCAGAGAGCUACAGUUGUCUUCCUUCACCCAUCAGAACCCAGAAGUCAUGAGUCAAAAGAGCGACGGAGAGGCUGGGCCUCUCCCUUCAGCUCCUCUAGCAUCAGAUGCCACGUACACUUCUCUGACCAUGGAAGGGCCUCGCAGUGCUUUUUCUACUUCUUCCAUGCAUUCCAAUGCUACACACAAUGAUCAGAGCCCUGCUCGCAUCAGAAAUUGUGAUCUGGAGGACACCAGAAGCAGCAGAGUGGUACCGGAGAUGGUUGCAGCAGAUGACGGGAGCCCGAACAGCAGCAAUGGUGGGAACAACAGGGCCGGCAGUGAGCUGGGAGGAGGAAGAGGUCCUACAUCCCAGGACAGCCAACCACAUCAUCAGAUGACCCCAUCCAAGCGCCGUACAGCGCUUAACAUUUCUCCACCUCCACAAGACCUGUUUGACGACAGUCACAUGUCGUGCCAGGAUGCACCAACCCUGGAGUCAGAGCAAAGYAACAGCAUCUGGAUAGAUGACUCACUGUCCAACUUCAGCAUUAUGAGCAAUACCUCUUACAAUGACAACACAGAGGUGCCGCGAAAGUCCCGCAAACGUACCCCUCGCCAGAGGCCAGGUCCUAAGUCUGUGCGUGCAUCGGAGGCCAGCAUGGACGUGUUUGAUGCAGACAGCGCCAAAGGUCCACACUUUGUCCUGUCGCAGCUCGGCCCGGACAACAAGACUGGAACAAAAGGAAGCUCUGAUGAUCCUCAGACAACUAAUCAGAAAGGAGGAAUUCUUUCGAUGCAGUUCCCAUCGAAGUGUGAGGGGAAGGAGCUCAAGAUCCUUGUCCAGCCUGAGACUCAGCACCGAGCUCGCUACUUAACUGAAGGGAGCAGGGGGUCAGUAAAGGAUCGCACCCAGCAGAGCUUUCCUACUGUAAAGCUGGAGGGUGUGAAUGAGCCAGUGGUUUUGCAGGUGUUUGUCGGCAACGAUGCUGGUCGUGUGAAGCCUCAUGGAUUUUACCAAGCCUGCAGAGUAACUGGUCGAAACACAACAGCAUGCAAAGAGGUUGAUAUCAAUGGCACAACUGUCAUUGAGGUGACCCUUGAUCCAAGCACCAAAAUGACUCUAGCGGUUGACUGUGUUGGGAUCUUGAAACUCCGUAAUGCUGACGUUGAGGCUCGUAUUGGUGUGGCAGGGUCAAAGAAGAAGAGCACACGUGCUCGACUGGUGUUUCGAGUCAACAUUCCUCGUCCAGAUGGAUCAAUGCUUACGCUACAGACACCCUCGUCACCAAUCUUGUGUACUCAGCCUGCAGGACUGCCUGAGAUACUGAAGAAGUCACUUCACAGCUCUUCAGUGGGGGGUGGAGAAGAAGUGUUCAUCAUUGGCAAAAACUUUUUGAAAGACACCAAAGUUAUAUUUCAAGAAAAUGCUUCUGAUGAGAACUCAUGGAAAGCAGAGGCUGAAAUUGACAUGGAGCUGUUUCAUCAGAAUCACUUAAUAGUGAAAGUACCCCCAUAUCAGAACCAAGCUGUCUCCUCUCCAGUGAGCGUAGUAAUCUACGUGGUGACAAAUGCUGGGAGAUCCCAUGACAUUCAGACAUUUACCUACACUCCAGAUGCAGUAAAAAAUGAAAUUCCUGUGAAGCAAGAGAUGCCCUCUCCAGUGAAGACUUGUUCUUUUGAUGAGCCAAUAAAAGAUGUUACCUUGAUGCCUUCAAUGUUGCCUUUAGUGAAGAGAGAAGAUAUCACUCCGAUGGAAGUAACAAGCAACCUGCAGUCCUCUGGAGUAUUUAAGCAGAAUGGUGGCUUGUGUUCAACCCAGCAAAACUCAGAUGUAACACCAGCACAUCUAAACAAAGACCUAGUGUUCAACAAUACACUUCCCCAGCCUGCAAGUGAUGCUGAUAAAGCACAGGUUGCCGGUUUUUCCAAUGCUGACCCUUUAAGCACCAUCCAGAAGCAGGACAUUGCUGCUGGCGGCUCCUUCCCUUUGCCUGCAGAGUCUCUGCUCUCGCAGAACUCACAGCAGUUCCUCUUGGAACACAGAGAUGGUCUCAGAAGGGAGAGGUCUUGCAGUAAUCCUGCUAACAUGGGGAGGCUAUGUGGGGAGCCUGCAUCCCAAGAGCAGCAGAUGUCCAUGUUCCCUCCAGAUGAAGUGGCUCAGCUGGAGGAGGCAGUGAGACAACUUAAAGCUAAAGGAAUGUGCAACUUACUUCAGCCUGAUAACUCUAUAAGCAAACAGCAGCAGCAACACAUCCAGCACCAGCAACAAAUCCAAAAUCAGCAAAUUCAGCAGCAACAACAGCAGCAGGUUUUGGAGAAUUUGCAGCUUUUCCAGUCUCAGAUGCAGAUGCAGUGUGGCAUGUUUCAAGAUACUGCCCAGGUCAAGAACUCAGAACAUCAAAGUUCCUCUCAGGGAGUGGUGACAAACCAGGGUUCACUUUUCCCGCAGGAGCAACACUCCUCACAAAGUCAGCAGCAGCAACAAGCUACGCUGUUUCAGCAGGCAAACGACCUUUGCUCUUUGCAGACCAGCUUCUUGCAGCCGACCCCCACUCAUUCUUCACCGACCAUGUUCCACAACUCCAACCCUUUGACAGAGACACGAGAUCCACAGGGGGUUCUGUUUCAGAAAGCUUCCCAGGAGCAGGUACAGGCUGCUAUUUUCCAAAACACCAUGACAGUGCUACAGUCACCAGAGCAACAAGCCUCAACUCCUGGACUUUUCCUGCCCCCAACUUCUCUGCCAACUCAGCUUUCAGCCAGUAAUCCUCAACAGCAGCAGCAGCAACAACAACAACAACAACAACAACAGCAACAACAACAACAGCAACAACUGGCCUUCCUUAGUGCUCUACAGUCCUCUUCCUCUGAACCACAAUCCGUAUUUCAGACUGAAUGUGGUUCUACAAAUAUUAACAAUCUGCAGCUGGGGGCCCAAAUAUCUCCCAUUCAACAAAGAAACCCAAUGGAGCAGCAACAGUCCCUCCAGUCUCCACCACAUACACAAACCCAACAAGCAUCCCUGUUCCAGACUAUAUCUCCUCAUUCAUCUCCAAACACACUUUCUCCAGUUCAGCAGCAGCAGCCUGGUCUGAUGUUUUGCAGCAAUGGUCUACCCACACCACCCCAGGGCACCAAUCUCCUGUUUACCAGUCAAGGCCAAAUGCCUCCUCUAACGAGCAACAGUCUAGUUCCACAAGAGCCCCAAAACCCUUCUCUGCUCCUUUCCCAAGCCAACAUGGUCACAGUAGAGCAGCAGAAUCGUCCCGAGCCCAUGGCCUUAGGAAAUCCCUCCGACCCACAGCAGCAAGUCCUGUUUCAGGAGCAGCAGCCAAUGCAGUUGGGCGCGAGCACCAACAACCAGCAAGAGCAGCCCGUGGGUCUCUUUAUGCCCCAGCCCAAUGUGACCUCUCUUCAGGGAGAACUGGCCCCUCAGGAACUCACACAGACCACCAUGUUUGCCACCCAGAACGGCGUGGCCAACCUUCAGACGACYACCUCCUCCCCCGUCCAGCAGCCGGGGAGUUUGUUUCAACACAACAUGAGUGGGAACAUCAGUCAGCCCARCCAGCCUCAGCAGCCUGGGAUCUUCCUCUUCGGGAUUCAGAAUGAAUGCGGCACGUUGAUGAGCAGCGGUGGAAACACKGUAUCGGAUCAGAUAAUAGCAAUCAGCCAGUCUGGUCAGAACCAAAGAGAGAGUGAGGCACGCAUCCAGAACCUUCUUAGCCAGUCCAUGAAUCAGUCAGGGACAGUGCCAAGCAGCAUGUCUGCCUCUCAGAACAUGGAAAAGAUUGAUGACCUACUGGUCAGCCUGCAGGAGACGGGCACCAACCUGACACGUUCCUUCUAAUCUUUGUUCACACUUGUGAGUUUGUCUUUUGUUUUCAUUCAAGCGAUAUGGAGUAAUAGGCAUGUUCAGAAAAACUGUUAUCUGUAAAAACUACUUGUGACCUUGUCAGCCAUUGUGGGAACACUUAUCACAAUGUCCUCAUAUCUGAUCUGUUAAUUUUUUUUUUUUCUGCUCGUUUUAAAGCUAUCGACUGUAUUCAAACAGAACUGUGAAGCAGAACUUAAAAUCUAAAUUCUAUUAUCUUUGCACUGCCAGUUUCUUUAAACAUAAACGAGAUUGGCCAAGACCACAAACUGGAUAUUUUGCAAAUGCGGAUAAAUAAACCAGGAAUUAUUAUUGGAGUGUCGUGGCUGUGCAGGCUGACUGAGAAAAGCAAACAUGUCUUUGCAGCUUAACGACUUACUCCAUAUAACUAAAACUGAAAAGAGUGACUUCUGGCAAGUCUGAAGCCCUUUUUUUUUACUUUCCCCUUUAAAGACUUCUAACUUUCCUGCUUUGUGAUUCAUAUAACUUCACUUUAACUGUAACUAGUUUGUCACUGCUAUCUCAAAUAUCUUUCUUUUAUAAUGUUUUCUACAGUGUCCUCCAAAAAAACUUUCAUGGGUUCUGUUUGAAUUUUUUUUUUUAUAGAUUAAAGAUGGAUUGUUCAGUGUAGGAGAUUGGUGUGAAUGUUGUGUGGUAUCUACAGUUACACUGGAAGGUAGCUGAUGUUGACAUGGUGGUGAGAAAUUGUGAAGAAAUGUGAAAGUGUAGAGAGAAAGCAAAGAAAUGCAAACAAGAAAACGUUUAGAAAUGAACUUGGGUUAUGUUGAUUAUUUCCCUUAUAUAUUUUCCAGAUAAACGUUUAUAUGUAUAUGUUCUUUACCAAUUAUGUGGUUUAGGAUUAGGAAAUUCUACUAUAGUCUUUUAAGAAAGAGAGGUGUUGUAAAUAGAGCAAAUACUAUGAGAAUUACUUGCAAAUAAAAACAGAAUUUGUGGGKUUUUUUUCAUUCCUGUCCCAUAAAGUACACUGUCUCAUGAAGAAUAAUGCUUUUACAUUUUUUAGCUGCCCCAUCUUCAUAGCUUACAGUGAGGAGUGGGAUGUAUGGUUUUAUGAAUGAUAAAUUAUUAUUUGUUUUUGUUAGUAUGACAGCAUUUAUCACAAGCAGUGAAUGUAUUAGUUUAGCUUUUCUUUCUUCAAGUUGUGCAUCCUAUUGCUGACCACGUUAAUUCCCUGAAAUCCACCAUAUUCUGGAUAAAUACAAAAAAAWUUUUUCAAAGUUUUCUUUGUUUGUAUUUAACUCAGAAUAUGUUCACUUAGAGUAGAGAGAUAUGAAUUAAUUUAAUGUAUUAUGUUUUUGGUCUUGAGCAUUCUUCUACAGCUAGAAAAAAAGCCACCUCAUGAGUUUUAUUUGCAAUGACAUUAGUGAGGAGAAGAAAUGAAUGAUUGACUAUAAGUGCACGUCUCGUUGUGAUAUUACCGAGCAGGAAGGGUGCCUAUUUUACAGUUUAUGUAGAAGUUUUACAAAUUUCAUGUCUUUUUCUUCCUCGGGACUGGUUUCAUUCAAUUCACACUUUAAAUAAAUUGUGAUAAGAUGUC